AUGCGGUUUGCUAUGAGCUGCCAUGAAUCACUUGCAGUGCGCUCCCUGCAAGCAUUUCGGCUAUUUUCAAGCAGGAGCAUUCUGUUGAACAGUGCUCCAGCUCAAGCCUCUCACACUGAAAAUCACACAUACAGGGCCCGAAACGCAAAGAGGUUCCUGCAAACCAACCACCUCCAGCGAACGCUAGGCAACUCAGGCCCAGAAAGAUGGAGUUUUGACUUCAACCAGGAGAAGAAGUCAGCCCCCUUCAAGAAGCCGGCCCUUACCCCUUUGAAGCCUUUUCACCAGGAAUCGAAGGAAAGCACAAUACAAACUGCGGCUAGCCCGAAUGCGUCCAAGUGGUCCACAUAUUCUAUGCCGUCAAAGGAAUCGCUGGCAAAGCAGCAGGACCAAGCUAAGAGACAAGGACAAGAAAUUGAGAAACAGCUAGCAUCCGAGCCAAAACCUGUCAAGAAACAGAAGAGAAGACUUAGACCUCGUAAGGCGUUGAUAUCCUUGACCCCAAAUGCAGUCGACCAUCUGAAACUGCUUCUGAACCAGCCAGAGCCUAAACUGAUAAGGGUAGGUGUUAAAAACAGGGGCUGUUCCGGGUUAACAUACGACUUGGAGUACAUAACAGCGCCCGGAAAGUUCGAUGAGGUAGUGGAACAAGAUGGAGUAAGAGUAAUAUUAGACUCAAAAGCUCUUUUUAGCAUAGUAGGGAGUGAGAUGGACUGGAUCGACGAUAGAUUGUCUUCGAGAUUUGUGUUUAAAAACCCAAAUUCCAAAGGGACAUGCGGUUGCGGCGAAAGCUUUAUGGUUUGA